CUCAACUCAAUGGCAGACACUUCAUAGAGAUCUUUAGCCUGACCACGAACUUUUUACGAUCCUCUCCAAAGCGUGGGCGCGGCAGAUUGUUCUUGUCUACGACUUCUUUGUUGUAAGGAACCGCGUCAGACUUUGAGCGCCCUUACAAUCAUGAAAGCAAGCCGACUUCUCCUCCGCUCCACGCGACCAAGCGUCCUCCUUCGCCGACCAUGUCCCCCUCCUUCACAACGUCUGGCCAUUCCUGCUUCGCCUUCUCUCCUCUCAGUCUCCCGUCAAAAAGCCCCUUUUUCCACUACCCUCACUAGACCUUUGAAGGGGCUGCAACCAGACAGCAGCGACCCGAGCCCUCCCAACACUGAACCGACACAUGGCACCCCAGCCGGCGCGGCCCAGAUCUCGGAUUCCGAGUAUCACGAGAUCGCUGACCAGUAUCUAAACACCCUGGUGCUGGCUAUGGAAGAGCUUGCGGAGAGCAGCUCGGAGGGCAUAGAGGCGGAAUUCUCGGCCGGCGUGCUCACAAUCACCCACCCGAAGCACGGCACAUACGUGAUCAACAAACAGCCGCCGAACAAACAGAUCUGGCUCUCCUCCCCGGUAUCCGGCCCCAAGCGCUACGACUGGGUCGUGCCCGGCGACUCGCAGCAAGAGAAGGCCGACUCAACCGUCGACCUCGGCGACGACGGCCAGAGCGGCGCCAAGUGGAUCUACCUGCGGGACGGGAGCAAUCUGAGCGACUUGCUGAAGAGGGAGCUGGGCGUUGAGCUCAGGCACGACGACGAAGGGGAGAGUGACGUUAACGAGGGUCGCGACGGACCUGCGAAGAGUGGAGCCAGCACUGCACCAUAGGGUGGUAGCAUGAUGGGAUGGUGAGGGACAGACGAGACAAAAGACACAAGGUGCGAGGUUCAAGGUGAUUGCCCAGUUCAUUCAGACCUGAAGAAAGUGAAAUGAGUAUUUUAGCGCAGCUGCGAUAUGAGCUCUUGGUGUGCCGGAUAUUAGGAGGGCUAUUCUACAUCCAGUGUCAAGCGGGCUAGCCAGGUCCAUGCUGGAUUCAAGAAAGGUGAUGAUGACAACAACAUGAGACAAAUAAAUGGCACUUUUAGCUGGUGGUGGUGGUAUGAUGUCGAUGAUGUCCCAACUCGAUAUAGGACGUCCACAACAUUAAAUCCAUUCAUCCUUCUCGUUCAUUCAGAAUCUUUCCGCCACGCCAUAGUCACCGCUCUCCCCCUUUUUCCGUCCUUUACUUCCUCUUGCGCGCACUCCCACCGCCGCCAGCCUUGGGCUGCGAGGCAGGAGCCGCCGGCGCAACCCUGGGAGCGGCGGGCUGCUGGGCGUCACCGGCCGCAGGGAUGCCGCGGCCAGCACCCAUCCUCCGGCUCAUGAUCUGGCGGGAGAUGAAACUGAUGCCCAGCAUCAUCAUCCACGAGGGCAUGGUGCCCAGCGCCCACAUGAAGUACCCAAAGGGCUGGAGCACGCCGACCUUGGCGAGCAGCCCGUCAAUGGGGUGCAGCAGGCCCGUGUACUCGGGGUAUUCCAGGUACCGCGACUUGGAGGCGCGAGGCAGGCUGGUGAUGUCCGAGACGGUGAUGGUCGAGACGUUGAGCGGGAUGAUGUGGAGCGGCGUCUUCGCCCCCUGCUCCGACUGCUUGGGCAGCAGGAAGUGGUAGAUGACAGGCACGCCCGACGCCCACGCCGUGCACAGCACCUCGUCCUUUUCGCAGUCGAGCAGACCCAGGAUGAGCGGAGGGGAGCCCGCCGGUUGGGGUAAUGCGGUCAACAAGGGGACGGAUUCCUAGACGCAGCGAGAGGACAGAGGUCAAUUACCAAUCGCAAUGAAAGUCGCAAGAGUGUUCUUUGAGUUGGGCAGGGGUGGUGGUGUACAUACAUUCCACACGGUAUCGACAGGACCACAUCUGCCAAAGCACGUCUUAUUGCCUCCCGUCAAAUAUAUCAUCCAUUCCUCCUCGGUGUCCGGCUUGGGGGACAAUUUGCGCUGCCAGUUGCGGACAUUGAUCUUCUCGACCUUGUUCUCAGCGACCUUGGCCGCGCCCGCCUCGACUGGGUUGGGAGGGACAGGCACCGAGACCGCAGGUGCUGCGCCGCCGCCGCCGCUGGGGAUGAAGGACUUGGCCUUAUCGAACCAGCCUGCGGCCUUUUCUUUCAAGGGCACCUGGUCUGCUGCGACCAGCAGGGGGAGGAGGAGAAGGGAAGCGACAUGCAUGGUCUCGGUCGGCCGGUGGUCGGUCGAAAUAUCGGAGUAUGGAGAGGGUGAAGACAAGGGCAAGCAGUGAAAAACUAAGAAGAAUAUUGCGCAAAAAGAAACCCACAAAGCAAUGGGAAAGCCCCCGACAAGGGAAAGGAAAAAGCAGAUCAAGUUCCUGAUGACGAAAAACAGGAGAGAGAUUCGACAGGUGUUGGUUUUGACCACGCAGUACCGAGUAGUCGAGACUGCGCUGUUAGUUGUCCUCAAGCGUUGAGCUAGGUACAGAAGCUGCCUACAAGGACCUGGGUAGGUCUCUAGGCAGGUUCCAGCACCACAGUAGUUAGUCUGCUCGUAGCUGAUAGUUGCCCCUCAGCAACGGCUUGUCAAUUGGCUGAUAACAG